AUGCGCACACGGGGCAGGAUUACGAGGGAUCAAACGGAGGAGAGCGAAUCGGUGGCACUCGAACCACCACCGAACGUAAUGAGGAUACGAGCUCGUUACGAAGACGAUGAUGCGAUAAAGAGCUCGCCAGACGCGUUUCAUCGCGGUUAUGGAACGUUUCUCGUUUCCACGACACUCCUCGUCCAUCGAGCGGAUUCGUUCGUAGAAAACUGCCUUCGAACGCCGUUCGAGCGUAGAUGUAAGUUUGAUGGAGGAAAGUUUCUCAAGGGAAGUGCGCUAACAUCGAGGAAGGACAUGGUUCCUGCGUCAGCACUGAUCUUGCGACAACAAACUUCGUACCCCAACAACAAAACGGGUGUUGAUUAA